AUGAGGAGUGUCUCUAAUCCUCCCGAGUAUUCUCGGGGUCGGGAGGAAGAGCAGACUGGCGUUGAAAUCGCCACCAAAGUCCUUGGGAAAAACAACCAACCUGGCCAGGCGCCUUUCUAUACUGGUGAUUCGCCUGGAUUUGGUGCUGUCUUUGACAUAUGCACGCCAUCGGACCAGCCUCUAUCAAGGCAUAUCAUGCUCAAUUCCAAGACAUCCGUCUCACUAUCUCCUGAGGAUAAAGCAUACUUGCAGUACAAGGGAGUCUUCAAUAUGCCACGAAAGGAAACAUGCGAUGAACUUCUGCGGGCAUACUUUCAUCAUGUGCAUCCCAUUAUGCCUGUGAUUGACGGUACAACGCUUCCACGACUCUAUCCCAGUGGAGACGGUCAACCAUACAAUCUGAUCUUACUAUGGAGCAUUUUCUAUGCUGCAGCAAAUCAUCUUCCGGCCGAUACUUGGAAACUCGAGGGCUUUUCGUCCAUGAAAGCAAUGAAGGAAACUAUGUACUCUCGUGCAAAGUGCCUGCAUCAUAAUGGAGGUGAGACAGACGACACCGUUCUCCUUCAAUCAGCACUUCUCUUGGGAUUUUACCACUCCGAAGCUGAUACCUACACUCAACCGUGGUUUUGGCUUGGUAUUGCCAUUAGCCUUUGCCAGACAAUGGGUCUGCAUCGUUUCUCCGCUGCAGUCUGCGCCAAUUCACCAAUCAGCGAAGCACAACAGCGUCUCUGGCGCCGCCUUUGGUGGACAUGCUUCUUCCGAGACCGUUGGCUAAGUCUCACGAUGGGCCGUCCAUUAAGAAUCAACACGAACGACUGUAACACUGUACCACCAUCUGCAGAUGAUAUGCUGCGUGAUUUUACCGGAUUACCCGAAUCCAUAUCGGCAGCAUACGUCCCAAAGGACCUGCCGCAGCUAGCAGAUUAUUGGGUGACAAUAAUUCAACUCACUCAGCUAUUGGGAGAGACUCUCACCUUGUCCUACCAACCAUAUGGAACCAGUUCGUCUUUCCAACAAGUUGAAGCCCUUGAGCAAAAGAUUUUGCGUUUUCAACUUCCCGAGCACCAGGAGACGGGACAAAGUCCCCUUGCAACGUUUUACUUGUAUCAUUUACAGCUUCAUUACCAAGCAUUCAUAAUUACCUUCUACCGCCCUUUCAUCACAAAAGCCCCGGAAGGGCUCCCCGCAUCCCGUCAGGGAUCAUGGCAGGCCCACGUCCGAAGCCAGAUCAAUACAGCUGCAUUACAGACCAAUGCUAUCCUCGAUAAUCUAGCACACGAGAAGUUAUUAGGAUUCUCGGGUCCAAUGACACCACCGCUGUUAGUCCCAGCAAUGCACGUUCACCUCCUCAACUGUAAAUCUCCAGAUCCCGUUUCCCGACGUCUGGGUCUCAACAAGAUUGAGGUGUGCAUGAUAGUUUUGGAACAGAUGCAACACACCCACCCCUGCUCUUCUGUCUUCCGAGGUAUCUUUCUCGAAGCCAUCCGUUACAUUUUCCCAAAUUAUGUGGCUCAAACAGUUCUCCCUGAGUUGGCAUCUGAGUCUUCUCCACCGCAGGAUGUUUCCACCGAUGAUCCUAUGGCAGGAAUAACAAUCGAUGAAAAUGCCAUCGAUGCGCUAAUGGAUGAGGUAUCGAUUUUCAAUUUUUGGGAGUCCCUGAACAAUAUGCAAACUUAA